AUGGGGGACAAUGAUAUGACGCGGAAACCGCAUCCGCUGGAUCCUCUGCAGCCAGCAGAAAUCAGCCAGGCCGCUGAAAUUGUCCGAGGAUCGAACCAGAAUCAAGAGAUAUUCUUUCGAGCCAUCUCUCUCGCUGAGCCGCCAAAGACAGAACUGGUGAGGUUCCUUGAGAGCGAGCAUACCGGUAGCAAAGACGCCGUCUAUCCAGUAAGACAGGCUAGAGUCCAGGCUUACAUCACCCAAAUUCUGCAUGAAAUGGUCGUCAACUUGACCACGGCGACGGUCGCGUCUACCACUCCUCUUCCUGGUCGUCAUUCUUUCAUCGACACCGACUUCAUGACCCAAGUUGCUGCGGCUUGUUUGGCAGAUAAAAAGGUUCAACGCGAGAUCAGUGCCCUCAAACUGCCAGAGGGUGCAACUGUUGUCGUUGAGCCUUGGGCAUAUGCCACGGAUGGUAUGAAGGAUAUGAAAGACCGCUGGACUAUGGCCUGGUUUUACAUGCGACUCUCUGACAACCCCGACGCAAACUACUAUGCGUACCCGUUGGACAUAUGUGCCGAGGUGUCCAACUCCCUAGAGAUCAUCAGAAUCUAUCGAUUGCCUUCUGGAGAGCACGAUCAUCUCAGUGAUGAGGGCAAGGAAUUUGAUUACCGAAAAGUCCAUACCACCAGCGAGUAUCAUCCCGAUUUUGUUCAAGAGCGCAGAACAACUACGAAACCGUAUCAAGUCUCCCAGCCCGAGGGUCCGUCGUUUCGCAUCGACGAAAACCAUAUUUCAUGGGAAAAGUGGACAAUGAGAGUCGGAUUCAACUAUAGGGAGGGCAUGACCCUUCAUGAUAUCCGUUUCGACGGCCGAAGCUUAUUUCAUCGACUGUCUCUGGCCGAGAUGUUUGUGCCUUACGGUGAUCCCCGAUGCCCCUAUCCUCGAAAAGCCGCCUUCGAUUUGGGGAAUGACGGCGCUGGUAUCAACGCCAAUAACCUUAAGCUGGGGUGCGAUUGUCUUGGGCACAUCAAGUAUUUUGACGGCUGGCUCAGUACCUCAUCGGGGGAACCUUUGAAGAUGCCAAACGUCAUUUGCUGCCAUGAGAUUGAUGAUGGGAUUCUGUGGAAACAUACAAACUUUCGGACUGGGAAUGCUGUCGUCACGAGAUCGAGAGUUCUCGUGCUGCAAACUAUCAUCACGGUCAGCAACUACGAGUACAUCUUCCUUUUCUACUUUCAACAGGACGGUUCCGUCUUCUAUGAAGUCCGCGCCACGGGUAUCAUGUCGACAGCGCCCAUUGACCUCGACACCAAGGUUCCAUGGGGCACCAUUGUCGCUCCUGGGGUUUUGGCACCUUACCAUCAACACAUUUUCUGCUUGAGGAUUGACGCUGCCGUCGACGGGUCUCGAAACUCCUUGGUUGUCGAAGAGUCUCACCCAGUUCCGUCCACCGGAGACUCUGACACAUAUAACCCCUUUGGCGUUGGGUACACCACCAAAUCAAAAGUAAUUGAUAGAGAAGUCGGCUUAGAUUUAGAUUUCAACACCAACCGAACUUUCAAGAUCGUCAACGAGAAUGUCAUCAACUCAACAACGGGAACCGCGGUCGGUUUCAAGCUACUACCUCAUUAUAGUCAGCUUCUUCUGGCGCAGCCAAACUCUUGGCAUGGUAAGCGUGCAAGAUAUACAUCUCACGCUGUUUGGGUGACGCGGCACCACGAUGAGGAGCUUUUUCCAGCGGGAAAGUUCACCAUGCAGUCAACCGGAGACGAUGGCAUUGAGUCCUGGAUUCAACAGCGCGAAAAUAACGAAUCUUCUUCAGUGCGCAACGAAGACAUUGUAAUCUGGCACACGUUUGGGUCGACGCACAACCCGCGUAUCGAGGAUUGGCCGGUGAUGCCGUGCGAGAAAAUGAUGAUUGGACUAAAACCAGUCAAUUUCUUCCAGGGUAACCCUGCUCUUGACGUACAAAUUUCGACGCAGGAGAAGAACCGUAGUGUGCUGGUGCACGGUGGCAGUACGGAAGAUUAG